AUGAAUGAAAAGUGCAAACUCACGCCCGGCGCCCACCGUAAGCCGCCGUCCCCGCGUCACGCCGUGGUGAGGCAGGCGGGCCCCCCCCACCAGGCUCGGAUCCCGUCGCGCCCGCGCGCCUCUUCUUGGCUCUCGUCGCCGCCGCCCCCACCCCACCUCCCCUCCUCAGCCUCCGCCUCCGCCUCGGGAUCCGUGGCGGCGUCGUCAUCCGCUCGGGAUCCGCGUCGUCGUCGGCGACGAGGUCAAUAUGAGCGUCCGUCGGCGGCGGGAGGCGCGGAGGAUGUCGGGGGGCCGUUCGAUCCGACCUCCGUGAUCACGACCCUCCCUCCCCCCUCGUCGCCCGCAGGAACCUCCUCCUCCCCCGCCACCACGUAUCGGCGGCGGAAACCCUAA